AUGACGGUUCACUCGCGGCGUCAGCGCAGUACCCCCUUUCUUCAGAGGAAUAUCUUGCAAGGCAUGGGAAACACUCAGUCCUCGGCUCAAAAGGCCGCCGUGGGUGGAGAGCUUGCCAACGACACCGACGACAAGCGUGCCACGAAGCGUCGUCGCCUCGAUACCAAAAAGACCCCUCCUCAUGCCUUAGUUGACCAACUCUUCCACGCCCGCGAAGUGAGCGAUGUGCAGCACAACCUAUGCGUCCAGGUGAAUAGAAUAGUUCACAAGGACUCUAGGCGCGUCGCUCCUGCCUCUUGCGACGAUGUCGUGAAUCUGCGAGCCCGAUGCAAGGUCAUUCUCUGGCACACAUCUGACUCUACCAACCCCUUGUGGUGCAACAGUCAAGUUUGCGACAUCAAAUCCUUCAAGGAUCCUGGCGGUCCACUGCGCAUGGCACGCGUAUAUCUGCCUCGGCCUUUUUACAUUCCCAAGGAUUGCAUGCGCGUCAAUCACCCGGAAGAUAACUCCUUCGAUUUGGGCAAUGACUACCGCCUCUGUGUUGAGUUGGAAGCGGCCGGCCCGACUUAUUGGCCUCCGAUUAUUUUGAAUCCCUCUGUCGAGGAGAUGGGUCGCGCUCAGAAGGCCGAGGCCCUCCGCUGGGUUUUUCAUGCGAACAUGUUCAACCUGUUCUCCAAAAAGCCGGCCAGCUUGAAUCUGAAGGUGAAAAAGGGCCCCUCGGCACUAUCAUCAACGGAUCAUGUUAUCGAGGUGGACGCCCAGUGGACAACAGCUUUUGAGGCUACUGCCAUCCGACCUCUGGAGGAGGGGGUCAAGCCGUCCAUUACUGUCCAUCCAGACGUCGCGGGCGAUGACUUCCUUGCAAAUGCGCCGCAGUUUGACAGUCCGCCGGGAACUCCGGCUAAGGAUUUGAGAAGCAAUGUUGGGACUCCAGUCAAGGCCAUGAGGAAUGGCCUCGUCAAUGGAGAUGGCCAUGAUGAUGAUGAAUUGGAAGAGGAACUCACGCCAAACCGGUCUCUUAGGGUACGCGGCACCAAGAAUUACAACCUAAAAGUUUUGAGCGACAAAGCUCAAGGCAAAGAAAGGAAGCGAAGGAAGCGCAGGAACACCAACGCCAUCGAAGAAGGGAGCGUCACCUACUUCUUGCCUAGCGAGCAAGUCAACUUGGACUCCUUCCGCUGCAUCACCUGCGGUAUGCCGCAUGGAACCCUCACUCAGUUACAGGCGCAUCUUGUCAACCAGCACGCCGAGUAUGACUACAUUCCACACUCCAAUGGUCGGGCUGCGGAAUUUCAGGUCUCACACCGGUACGAGUUGUACACAUUUGGCGCAGAGCCCUUUUCUCUUCGACGUCCGACCAAGGUUUUUGAUUUGGAUUCUUUUGCCGAGGGGAACAUUUCGCUCUCAACACCACAGUUCGACCGGGAGGACAAGGCUACCCUAGCUGCUCAGCCCCGGGGUCGAAGUAGACAGUCAACAGCGAGGCUGUCACACCCCCAGACACAUUCUAAACUUCUUAUCCCGGAUAUCAAGCAGACGCUGUAUGAUCCAAUCACGCGGGCUACACUGGAGCCGGGGACAGAAUACAAGAAACCAGCACCUAGCGAUCAAUGGCUUAUUCAGUGGCAUCGGGACGCUUUGGCGGAUUUCUCUGACGUUCCACCGGACGAACGAGAGUACAUGCAGGAAUGGGAUAAGUUUAUGCUUACGAAACGCAUAUCUUCAAGCAUUUACUUCCCUCGUGCUUGGUUAAAUUUCGUUCGGCUCAAAGCGGACUGGCUACUCUCGUCUCAAUCUCGCAUGAUUGAGUUUGGGAAGCAUUUCACGUACCUUUUGGCCAGAAGUAGUCUCGACCACAGCACCGUUGAAGAGGCUCUCGAGUAUAUCGCCGCCUGCAGGGCGAAGCUUGGUGUGAGGAAUGGCGAUCAUGCCCCGCCAGCACCGAAAGAGUCACCCCAGGGACCACACCUUCGAAAGAGCGCCGCUGGUUGUCAAGUGUGUGGACUUGCAGUCUUGGGUCCUAGGCUGCUGUUAUGUGCCAACUCUCAAUGCGUAAAGCGUCUUUAUCACUCGGACUGCAUCAGCGAGAACGCAAAGAUGAGCGUCGAAGACGAUGAUUGGGUCUGCAAUCAAUGUUUCGAUCGUCCGGCCGCAGAGCGAACUUAG